AUGACUGUCACAUGUCAAGCUGACGGCACAUGGUCACCAACCGUGCCAGCAAGCUGUGAUCAAUUCACCUGUCCUGCUGUACAGAACGUGACGUUUGCUAGUUACAAUACCUCCUCUACAGCCUAUGACACUGUGGUUGGUUAUACCUGCGACAGUGGAUAUAUGUUUUCUGAUGGCACUGUUACAAGAUCUACCAGGUGUAAUGAACUUGGAGCAUGGACGGUCACGGGAAUUCCAGCCUGUGUAGCGUUGACAUGCCCUCAGUUGACGCCAAUCGCAAAUGGAGUCAUCAACUCUACUGGUCUGACCUACCAGAGCGUGGCAACUUAUGUAUGUGAUAAAGGAUUUAUGAUGCCGGACGGUUCAAAGACAGGGAACCAGACCUGCGAAAUGUCUGCAACCUGGACACCUACAUUAAGUCCCAUGGGUUGUCAAGUCAUCAAUUGCACUAUGCCACCACCUGUUGGUGUGUUUGCAAACUACAGCGAGCCACUGGAUGAAAAUCAGACAUCAUGGAUAUACGGCACCAAGAUCACAUAUAACUGCACUAAUGGUUAUGUUUUCUCCACUGGCGAUACACAGCGAUUUAGUAGAUGCACAGCUCAAGGGGACUGGCUUCCCCCAGAUAUCGUAUGUGCAAGCGAACCCAUCAAGGUAGAGAAGCGCACCACCCGCUACCCACCAAAAGAGGCCCCUGGCGCCGCUAUCACCGGAAGUGUUGGGGUGAUAGUUUUAGUUUCUGUGGUUGUGUCCAUAGUUGCGUCUGACAUACGGACUCUUAAGCGUCAUUUAUCGUGGGCCAAAGCAAACAUACAAAGCAGAUCAAGAAAGGCUAGGCCAGAAGAAAAAACUGGCGUAUUAAAUUAAAAGGCUAUACUUAUACAGUAAGAAGGUAAUAAACGGAGAUACGCUGUAUUAACG